GCUCCCGGGCGCUGGCGGCGGAAGAGAUGGAGCCGCGUCACGAGCGCCCGGCCCCUUAAAAGGCUGCUGGCUGGAGCCGCCUCCCUCCCUGCAGCCCGCGGCGGGGAUGGAGUAAAGGGGGACCUGUCGACCUGCCCGCGGGGACCAGCGAUGGAGUUAAAGCAAUCUUUAUCCACCCAUCUGGAAGCUGAGAAGCCUCUGAGGCGCUAUGGGGCGGUGGAGGAGACAGCAUGGAAAGCGGAGGGACUGGGGAGAACCCAGCUGGACAUCAUCUCCAUGGCAGAGACGACCAUGAUGCCGGAGGAGAUUGAGCUGGAGAUGGCAAAAAUCCAGCGUCUCCGGGAAGUCCUGGUCCGACGGGAGUCUGAGCUCAGGUUCAUGAUGGACGACAUUCAGCUCUGCAAGGACAUCAUGGACUUGAAGCAGGAGCUGCAGAACUUGGUCGCCAUCCCAGAAGAAAAAACCAAGCUGCAGAAGCAGAGGGAGGAUGAGCUGAUCCAGAAGAUCCACAGACUGGUGCAGAAGAGAGACUUCCUGGUGGACGACGCGGAGGUGGAGCGGCUAAGGGAGCAAGAAGAAGACAAGGAAAUGGCCGAUUUCCUGAGAAUCAAGUUAAAACCUCUAGACAAAGUAACCAAAUCUCCAGCCAGCUCCCGGGCAGAGAAGAAGGCGGAGCCCCCACCUAGCAAGCCCACAGUGGCCAAGACAGGGCUGGCACUCAUCAAGGAUUGCUGUGGGGCCACCCAGUGCAACAUCAUGUAGCCCCCACCUGGGGUGCCCCGGGGCCACGGGGACCCCCUCCCACCCUCUUGUCGUCGUAGCCCCCAUUUCACCGGGGCCUGAGAGCUCUCCAAGGCUUCCGGAAGGGGUUGAAGGCAAGCCUGUGACUGCCGCCAGGGGCCAUGGGCACGGCAGGCGGGCCGGCCACCCUGUACAGAGUGUAGCAAUAGGGAGUCCCUCACCGUCGCAUGGCCCUCCCCAGAGCAUGCCGAACCCAGGAGUCUGCCUCACCAGUUAUCCAACCACCAGGAAAGGUCCUCCCUCAGAAAAGUAGAUCUCCACUUCUAUUUAGCUGUAUCUAACCCACCGUGCAGGUCACCUGGGGGAGGGGCGUCGAUCCCAGGCGUGUGCAGUUGUGAUGUCUCAACGUCGGGCACCGUGUCGGACACGUCCCCCUGCACCCUCCCAGCUCUGCUGUGGGGCCUGCCCCAAGCAGGCACGGUCCCUCCCCCACCCGUCCUCUCCCAGUGACCGUGCCCCCCACCCCGGAGGGCUCUCCACGUAGCCCCUGCAUCUCUGAGGCGCCAUCAGUGUCACGUUCUUGGAGGCCGAUGGCCUGUCUCUAAAGACUGGAGCUUGUGUGCCAUGCCGUGGUCACGUCUCCUGCUCCCUCCCAUCCCGUGUCCGGGCCCAGCUCACAUCGGGAGGGUGUCCACUGUGCUCCCGGCUCUUCCUCUCCUUGCUAUGUCUGGCCCUGGGGUGUGGAGCUGAGUGGGAACAGGGCUGGGCAGCAGCAGAUCCAGGACAGCUGGAGGAUCAGAGGCCGGGGCCGGGACGGCGGCGGGGGACCCAGAGCAGACGUCGACCCAGGUACUCUUUCCCCACCGGGAUGUCACUACACCAGCCCAACAGCCAGACCUCCAUGGAGGACGGUGGCAGGCGGGAGAGCCUGAGCCGGCGCGCCCCAUCACCUGGUGGCGGAUCUGAACCAGCCUGACGAUCCCACCUGUGUAACUUGAUGUACAUUUGCUACGGCCAGCCCGGCACAGCCUGUGUGACCUCUGUCCGUGUAUGUGUGUCGUGACCGGCCUCAGUAGUUAGUGUGACUCAAGACUCGCUGAUGUUCCGUCAUCCAUCAGAGAAAAUAAAAAUGGAACCCACGUAGACCGCAUCUUAAACGCUUUGGUUUUUUCCUUGAUUAUGGAAGUCAUGGAUGUACAUAGUAAAUCAUUUUAAAAGUACAGACAAUGUAAAGGCUUUUUCUUUUUCAACACGCAUGAUUCCUCCAGCUGGAGACCUCUGACAUUUGGGCAGGUUUCCUUGUGGUCUUUUUAUGUAUUUCUUUCUCUCAUGCUUGGUCCUACCGUUUUAUAACCAGUGCUUUUGCCCCUGGUCACUCCAUAGCAAUGGUUUCCCCUCGUCAUUAAAAGCCCUUUGUAAACAUUAAAUGCUCUUCAUACAUAUUUAUAAUGGCCGCUUAGGAAUCCAUCUCAUGGAUUUACUGUCAUUGAUCUCACCAUUUCCUCACUAUAGGACCUUUAGACUGUUUCUAGCUUUUUCAAUGUUGUAAAUGAUGUUACGAUAAAUAUCCCGAGGACACGAAUCAUCUGGAUUUUGGGUUUUUCCUUAAGGUAACCACUUAGAAGUCACAUUCUUGGGCCAUGAAUGGGUACCAUUUUCAAAGUGUUUGUGAAUCACAAG